CUCCAGUGUCGAGAGCUACUUCUUCGUACAGGUUUGAAGGUUAAGAGACAGUCGUUUGCCUCUGUUGCCACCCGAUUUGCAAAAGUUUCCCCAGAGGCUGUGCAUGUAGUCAGUGAACGCGUCUCACGAGGGGAUUACCAAACUGCCAAUUCUGCUGAGGAGCACCAGGUUCUCAAGCUAAUGUCUGAAGUGAGAGCUGUAUCUUCACAUGUCACAGGUUCCGCGUCUUCAAAAACAGUCAUGCGCAAUGAAAUCAGGGGUCUGAUGAUAGAUCAAGGAUUGCCCAGCUUUUAUAUCACAAUCAAUCCUGCGGAUACCUUCAACCCUUUGAUC